AUGUGGGAGAAAAUGGAGACCAAGACGAUCGUGUACGACUUGGACACGUCAGGGGGGCUGAUGGAGCAAAUCCAAGCCCUGCUGGCACCCCCCAAGACGGACGAGGCCGAAAAGCGGAGUCGCAAGCCCGAGAAGGAGCCCCGGAGAAGCGGCAGGGCCACCAACCACGACAGCUGCGAUAGCUGCAAAGAAGGUGGCGACCUCCUGUGCUGUGACCAUUGCCCUGCCGCCUUCCACCUUCAGUGCUGUAACCCUCCACUGAGUGAAGAGAUGUUGCCUCCUGGGGAGUGGAUGUGUCACCGGUGCACUGUUCGUCGAAAGAAACGAGAACAGAAAAAGGAGCUGGGCCAUGUUAACGGACUGGUGGACAAAUCUGGCAAACGGACUACAUCCCCCAGCAGUGACACGGACUUGUUGGACAGAUCAGCUAGCAAAACUGAACUCAAGGCUAUGGCCCAUGCCCGGAUCCUGGAGAGAAGAGCCAGCCGGCCUGGCACGCCCACGUCCAAUGCCAGCACAGAGACCCCCACCUCUGAGCAGAACGACGUUGAUGAGGACAUCAUUGACGUGGAUGAGGAGCCAGUGGCAGUAGAGCCUGACUAUGUGCAGCCCCAGCUAAGGCGGCCUUUUGAGCUGCUGAUUGCUGCCGCCAUGGAGCGGAACCCCACCCAAUUCCAGUUGCCCAAUGAACUGACUUGUACCACUGCACUACCAGGUUCUAGCAAGAGAAGAAGAAAGGAGGAAACCACAGGUAAAAACGUUAAGAAGACACCGCAUGAGUUAGAUCAUAAUGGUCUCGUUCCCUUACCGGUCAAAGUCUGCUUCACGUGUAACAGGAGUUGUCGCGUGGCCCCUCUCAUCCAGUGUGACUAUUGCCCCCUCCUGUUCCACAUGGACUGCCUUGAGCCACCACUCACUGCCAUGCCCCUGGGCAGAUGGAUGUGUCCAAAUCACAUCGAACAUGUGGUGCUGAGCCAAAAGAAUAUGACACUGAGUAAUCGGUGCCAGGUGUUUGACCGUUUCCAGGACACCAUUUCACAGCAUGUCGUCAAAGUGGAUUUCCUGAACCGAAUUCACAAGAAGCACCCUCCUAACCGCCGCGUGCUCCAGUCGGUCAAAAGAAGAAGCUUGAAGGUUCCUGAUGCUAUAAAAUCUCAAUACCAGUUUCCACCCCCACUCAUUGCACCCGCGGCCAUUCGGGAUGGGGAGCUGAUCUGCAAUGGGAUCCCUGAGGAAUCACAGAUGCACCUUUUGAACUCUGAGCACUUAGCCACCCAGGCAGAGCAGCAAGAGUGGCUCUGUAGUGUUGUUGCGCUCCAGUGCAGCAUAUUGAAACAUUUAUCUGCUAAGCAGAUGCCUUCGCAUUGGGACUCUGAACAGACAGAGAAGGCUGAUAUUAAGCCUGUUAUUGUGACUGACAGCUCAAUCACCACCUCCCUGCAAACAGCUGACAAGGCACCUACUCCACCUUCCCACUAUCCCCUGUCGUGCCCCUCAGGGAUUAGCACCCAGAAUUCCCUGAGCUGCUCUCCACCCCACCAACCCCCGGCCCUAGAGGACAUCAGCUGCAGUUCUUGUGCGGAAAAAUCCAAGAAAGCCCCCUGUGGGACUGCCAACGGGCCAGUGAACACAGAGGUGAAAGCCAAUGGCCCACACCUCUACAGCAGCCCCCCUGAUUCCACGGACCCCCGGCGACUUCCAGGCGCCAACACCCCCCUACCAGGCCUCUCACACCGGCAAGGCUGGCCCCGGCCCCUCACACCACCAGCGGCUGGGGGGCUUCAGAACCACACCGUCGGCAUCAUUGUGAAGACAGAGAAUGCCACUGGCCCCAGCUCUUGCCCCCAGAGGAGUUUGGUUCCUGUCCCAAGCCUGCCCCCUUCCAUUCCCAGCUCUUGUGCCAGCAUCGAGAACACCAGCACUUUGCAAAGAAAGACUGUCCAAUCACAGACAGGACCUCCGUUGACAGAUUCAAGGCCACUGGGCUCACCCCCAAAUGCCACCCGGGUGCUCACUCCCCCCCAAGCAGCAGGAGACAGUAUCUUGGCCACGGGAGCCAGCCAAAGUUUCUGCUCACCAGCGCCAUCUUCAGAUGGCAAGGUCAGCCCCGGCACGUUAUCCAUAGGAAGCGCUUUAACCGUACCCUCUUUCCCAGCCAACUCUACUGCCAUGGUGGACCUCACCAACUCACUUCGAGCAUUUAUGGAUGUCAAUGGAGAAAUCGAGAUAAAUAUGCUGGACGAGAAGCUGAUCAAGUUUCUGGCCUUGCAGAGAAUACAUCAGCUUUUCCCCUCCCGGGUCCAAACUUCACCGGGCAGUGUCGGGGCACAUCCACUGGCUUCUGGAGGGCACCACACAGAAGUGCAAAGAAAGGAAGUACAGGCCCGAGCUGUGUUCUACCCUCUCUUAGGGUUGGGAGGAGCUGUGAACAUGUGUUACCGAACCCUCUACAUCGGGACAGGAGCUGACAUGGACGUGUGCCUUACAAACUAUGGUCACUGUAACUACGUGUCCGGGAAACACGCCUGCAUAUUCUACGAUGAGAAUACCAAACAUUACGAGCUGUUAAACUACAGUGAGCACGGGACAACGGUGGACAACGUGCUGUACUCAUGUGACUUCUCCGAGAAGACCCCGCCAACCCCCCCAAGCAGUAUUGUUGCCAAAGUGCAGAGUGUCAUCAGGCGCCGCCGGCACCAGAAACAGGACGAAGAGCCAAGCGAGGAGGCACCCAUGAUGAGUUCCCAGGCCCAGGGGCCACAACGGAGACCCUGCAACUGCAAAGCCAGCAGCUCGAGCUUGAUUGGGGGCAGUGGGGCCGGCUGGGAAGGCACGGCCUUACUGCACCACGGCAGCUACAUCAAGCUGGGCUGUCUGCAGUUUGUCUUCAGCAUCACUGAGUUUGCGACCAAACAGCCCAAAGGCGAUGCCAGUCUGUUGCAAGAUGGGGUCUUGGCCGAGAAGCUCUCUCUCAAGCCCCACCAGGGCCCUGUGUUGCGCUCCAACUCCGUUCCCUAG